AACAGUUGCCAUUUAACCAGGCCGUUGUGAUAACUGUAAUUAGCACUUGCUGAAAUUAUUUUCACAGGGCUGGGAAAGAAACCCAAAGUCGUGAGUCUGGCGGAGCCCUGCGUGUUUCCAAACGCCCUGCUCUGAGUUCAUCCCACCAGUAAGGCUGUGCAGCGUGAGAACUGAGUACUUUGUAACUGGGUGUGCCUGAAUGCAUCAGCCUUUGGAUGUGAGCGUCUUCUCUUGAAACAGCCUCUGAUACCCAACUGCCUGCUCUCUUGGGGGGUUCCUUGGAAGAGCCUGUCCGUACAUCUGUCGGGGUGCCUGAAGGGGCUGCCUUGCUUCCAGAUCUGAACCAUGUCCCACCCGUCCUGGCUGCCACCCAAGAGUACCAAUGAGCCUGUUGGUCAUGUUACUGCAAGGAUGGAGACCACGCACACCUUUGGGACUCCCAGCAUCUCAGUGUCCACCCAGCAGACUCCAAAGAAAUUUGCACCUGUUGUUGCCCCCAAACCAAAGUACAACCCAUACAAGCAACCGGGAGGUGAUGGGGACUUUCUUCCUCCCCCACCACCUCCUGUGGAUGACCUCGGGAAUAUCACAUCAUCACAAGGUGCCUUUCCUCCCCCACCCCCUCUGGAUGAUGUUACUUACAAUGUGCAGGUGAAUCCUGGUGGCAAGACGCUUGAAGAGAGGCGGUCCAGUCUAGAUGCAGAAAUUGACUCUCUGACCAGCAUCCUGGCCGACCUGGAGAGCAGCUCUCCAUACAAACCUCGGACUCAACAGGUCUCCGGGACCUCGAGCAGCUCCGCCGCCACCACCCCAUCUGUGUCUACCCCUGUUACUGGCCACAAGCGGAUGAUCAUCCCCAACCAGCCUCCGCUGACCGCCACCAAAAAGUCCACGGCCAAGGGCCCAGGGCAGCCGGCGCCCAUCCCGGUCACUCCCGUGGGCACCCUGAAGCCGCAGCCAGUGCCGGCCUCCUACGCCACGGCCUCCACACCCAGCCGCCCGGCCUUCAACGUCCAGGUGAGGACGGCACAGCCCAGCCCACACUACCAGCCGCCCGGCCCGCAGCCCGCGCACUAUGGCAGCCUCGGGCACGGCCAGCCCUACGCGGCCCCGCCAUCCCGCCAGCCCGCUGCCCCACAGUAUGGAGCGCCUCAGCCCCACGGGCCCGACUACGGCUACGCUCCACCGCCCGCCCGGCCUGCGGAGCCCGCCUAUGGAUACGCACCUCCGCAGGGCCGCUACCAGGACCCCUACUACGGGGGGUACGGAGGAAGGAACGGCUCCGAAGCACCCUAUGUGCCGCAGAGCUCCUGGAAGGCUGAGCCAGCGUAUCCUGCUAGUAAUGCCAUGGGCCAGGCUCCUCCUGGCCUCUACCAGCCACCAGGCACUAAGAAGACGUAUAUCACUGACCCGGUGCUGGCCCCGCAGCCACCCACCCUGCAGCAGAAGAGUGGAUAUCCAAGCUCUGGACCUGCAUCAAGCACUCCCUCCUUCAGGCCUGAGGAUGAGCUGGAGCAUCUGACCAAGAAAAUGCUGUAUGACAUGGAGAAUCCUCCCUCUGAUGACUACUUUGGCCGCUGUGCCCGCUGUGGGGAGAAUGUUGUUGGAGAAGGCACCGGUUGCACGGCCAUGGACCAGGUCUUCCAUGUGGAGUGUUUCACCUGCAUGAUGUGCAAAAGCAAGCUGAGGGGACAGCCUUUCUAUGCAGUGGAGAAGAAAGCCUACUGUGAACCCUGCUAUAUUAAUACUUUGGAGCAAUGCAGUGUCUGCGCAAAGCCCAUCAUGGAAAGGAUCCUCCGAGCCACUGGGAAGGCCUAUCAUCCCCACUGUUUCACCUGUGUGAUGUGCCAUCGCAGCCUGGAUGGGAUCCCCUUCACUGUGGAUGCUGGCGGGAACAUCCAUUGCAUCGAGGAUUUCCAUAAGAAAUUUGCUCCGAGAUGUUCUGUGUGCAAGGAGCCCAUCAUGCCGGCCCCAGGACAAGAGGAGACCGUACGCAUUGUUGCCUUGGAUCGUGACUUCCAUGUCCAGUGCUACCGAUGUGAGGACUGUGGUGGCCUCCUGUCUGAAGGGGACAAUCAGGGCUGUUACCCUCUGGACGGGCACAUCCUUUGCAAGACCUGCAACUCUGCUCGGAUCCAGGCUCUGACUGCCAAGGCCAGCACUGAUCUCUGAGUAUCAACUGUGACCCUCCCCAGGAUGCCCAUCGGGGGAUAUUGCACAAGCUUUGCAUGAUUUCUUUCCAGGCUAGGGUCUGAAUCUCUAUUUAAAAAAAAAAAAAAAAAAAAAAAAAAAGGAAAACUGGAAGGCCUUGGAACAAGAGGGCACUUUGAGAGGCCAUGUUCAGACUGCCUGUGACAAGCAUCUAAUUUAGACACAACUGUUCAAGAGGGCAGUGAGUCAGAACAGCUGCUGUAUCUGCAGCUGAUGGAGUUAAGUGGUCACAGCAGCUAAGUUACAUGCCUGUAGAAGGAGGUCUGAACAUGGUCCUGCCUACGUUUGUGUUUGAUUCCUGUCUCUUAAGAAGUACAUGAAGGUAGAAGGUGAAAGAUGGCUGAGCUAGUUAUUUCUCCCAAGUUAUUUUGAGAACCUGGCCAGCUCUCAUUGAAGUCAUGGGGAGGUUCCCUUUGACUUUAAUAGGAUCUGUGUCACCAGCAGAAGUAGCUCCACUGCCCUAGGUGUGAGAGCAGACCCAGCAUUAACGCAAACAGUGCAACUGCAACUGUACUGCACCUGAGUGUAGGUGUGACCUUGUAUCCCUGGGACACAGAUUUGUUAUUUCUUAGGCCCUUACUUGUCUCCAUUCCCUUCCAGUUAAUAGGGUUUUUUCUUUUACUCAUGAAAUUUUACUUUGCUAUUGCAUAAAUUUAUUCAGUAGUGAUGCUUCCAAUUCACAAUGUAUGAGCAAUCACAGAAGGAUGUGAGCUUGCACACUACACUACACACACACACACACACACACACACACAACAUGCUUUUGAUUUACCAGAGACAUAAGCCGGUCAUGGCACUGGAAAUACAUUUCUAAAAUCCCAGUGGUUAAAAAAACCCAAAAUUACUGCAUAGAACUGCAGUGCAAAGCGAUGCUCAAAAAAAUCUUACACCACUCUGUCAUACACCCCUUCUAGUGGGACCACUGGCAGUGUUGGUCUCUGGGUAAACAUUUAAGCAAUAGAAUCUUGUUCCACCUCCUGUUAUUGCAAUGUGAGGAUUUUCCUUCAACCGUAACAGGGAUUGAAUCAAGCCUUAGGAUGAUAUUCAUUUCUCUGAUGUUAACACACAUGAUCUGGAGUUCUCAUUAAAAAAAAUCAAGGAUCUUGUUUCAACAGCAGCAAAAAAGACCCUCCUAAAUACAUACUGUUGUUCAGUUUUUAUCUUAAGAAAGCUAAAGAAGGUAUUAAACCCUUCACUAUGCCAUUCUAGAAAGUAAGCAUCUUUUUUCCUCUUCUGUUUUCAUCCCAGCCACUUAUAACUUGUCUCUGGUGAAAUUCAUAGCAGUAGAGUGCUAGGCCAGCAGCAGCAUUUUCAUUUUUGGUCCAGAAUUAAUACAUAUGCCAAGGUAAAUAAAAACUGGAUGCAGAUAAUCUUUUUUUUAUAUAAUAGUGGUUGUUGGGUUCUUUUAGUUUGGUUAAUUAAAAAAAAAAUCAAAAAAUUAGAAAUCCACAGCACACUGAGCAGCUAUAAUAUUCUUGUUCAUGAAACCCAUAAUAACUAAGGUGCAAAUUACAUAGUGAGGGAGUAAUUUUCAUAUCACUGAAUUGACAUUAAUAUCUUAUUUGCAGAUGUAAUCAAAGAAAAUACCUUUCUUUGCACUUAAAUUAAGAAGCAGAACUGAAACAGUUUCAGGCUGAUUGACCCAUAUAAGUGACAAACUGGCACUUUUCAAGAGUAAGUUAUAAGAAUUUUUUUCAUGCUCCCACUGAAAAACAAUAAGAAAUGUGGUGCUUUCACCUUUAUAUGAGAUUUCUAUUGUAGAGAAUGAUUAUAUCUACUAAUGCUGAAAAGUUAGAUGAGCUGGAAUGACAGGAAACAAAGAGGAAAAAUUGUGAUGUGAUACUGCACCUCCUGCAAAUGGUGCCUUUCCUUUCAGUUUAGCAGUACCCUUUAUGGAAGAGCACUGAAAUUCAAUAGCUUCAGCUAUGUACAGUAAAUUCAAAUACAGAAAUACCAGUCUGAAACCUCUUGUUACUUACAUGGUUUAUAUGUUGGCAAACUCCACCAGUGUCAGGGAAGUUUCCCAAAAUUCACAGCUUAAAAUGAAUCCUUCUUUGUAGAAGGGUGGCAUCAUUGAGCAAAAGAAGUCCUUCACCAGCAUAGAGGCUGUGCUGAAGCAGUUUGCCUUUUUAUACUGGCAUUCAAAAAUUUUACUGCCUCAGACAUAAACAGAUUUUUUUGGCACCCUGGCUCAUGCCAGGUUCCACCUGGGCUGCUGCUCCCUGAACCCGUGGCAUGUAAGAUCCUUCUGAGCUCGCUUUUUUACACACAGUCUGCACCACCACCCAUCAAAAAAAGCUUGCAAAUAUUGUGGAAAUAUAGUUUGAACUAACCCUACUAAAACACAGGAGGUCAGUGCUGGGACUGAUAACACUUGUAUCCUUGUUGAGGAUUUUGCAUCUCUACAAGCACAAGUCAGGAUGUGAUACACUCAGAUGCAGAAUAAGCCAUUCGGGAGGCAGCAAACCUAGCUCUGAUCUUCCUUACCCUUCCUAGCAUUAAAUCAAGUGGCUGAUGAGACUCUUCUGAAUAACACUGGGGUAAUUGAUGGAAAGAAGCUGUUGUACCUUCCAGCAGAAUGUGGCUUAGACCAAGGAUGACUCAAGUCCAGAGCCUUUGGGCUUUUUAUGGCUCUGCCAUAGGCUGGACUGGAGCAAGUCAUAUGGCUUCUUGUCUUCCACCGUCUGCAUGAGAGAGCUUCUUUCCAAUUUCCCAGACACAUUUUGGGAAUUAAACUAGUCACAGAUUGGUCCAAACUGCUGAUUUUUGGAGUUCUAUUUUCUCUUUCCAGAAAAGCUUACUGGUAUGUAGGUUUGGGCUUCCAGCCCAUUUCAAAGCACAGGGCCAGCCAGGAGAUCUAGAUCUAGAUCUCUGUUAUUAGGGUGCUGUUGUGAGUUGGGCUGGCAUGCAGGGAGGUAAGAGUCAAACUUUUCAAGCAUUAAAUACUCCAUGGAUGAAAUAUGAUUAACAAAGAUUGAGCAGUAUUGAUAUUUGAGGUACUGUGGCAAGUUUUUAGAGCUGACGCAUCUGUGAAAAGGUACUAUGAUGGGUGAGUUUUUUCACCCCAAAACACCAAAACCAUCUGCCUGUUGGAAGGAGUGAGUGUUCGAAACACUCUUCUUUAUCUUCUGUGGUUUUCCCUUUUAAAAUUGCUAUAAAUCUAUUUGAAAAAUAUUGUAUGUACAUCACAGAGGCUCUCAUCACCCACAUGGGUAUGGAAAUCUCCCCUCUGAUGCUUCAGGAUUUAAUUAGGAAAUUCUGGUGGACGUAUCUCAAUUGCACUGCAAUUAAGAACCACUGGGAUAUUGCUUCAUCACCAUAUUUAUCACAUACUUUUAAUAUAUCCUGUUUAUCUGUUCCAAAGAAGGAGUCUUUUUGCCAAAGAGCCCCUGCUUUUCUUAAGGUGGACUUAGCCAUGACAAAAAUUCACAUCUUCUGUGGCUGUGGUAAUGUCCAAACUGUUCCUUUCAGAAAGAAUUGGAAGAUCACACAGACAUUUCUGUUCAAUUCUUCAGUUUCUGCUUAUGCUCCUUUGUCCUUGUCUAGCAUUUGUUGGCAAGUAAGGCCUGAUCCCAUGAUUUGUGUGGCCACACAGGCCUCAGGAUCAGGUUCUAAUUUAGCAAAAUAUUUAAGUUCUGGCGUUAGUUUAAGCACAGACUUAAAGCCAUUGCGUGGUGUGACGUAAGCCAUUAACACUAGACUGAUUCUGCAUCACCUGAUCAUACAGAUUUGAUCUGGGUAGGAUGUGGGCACAGUCAAAUUUCUGUCAAAUUACCCAGAACACAUGAAAUGGCUUCUGUGUCACCCUUAUGCUCUUGCUGCAGGAGAGCCACCUGGCUGGUGGCUGAUUGAAUGUAACAUUUGGGUGACAGGAGGGUGAGGUAUUACAAGAUGAGUGCUUUGUGUUGGGUGGCUGUGGCACCUUCCAUAUGGCACAAGUAGCCCUACAGCCAGGUUUACUGUAUCUUUGAGGGAUGGCUUUAAAACUGUCUGCUUAAACUUUCUCCAGAAGAUUGGGUUGCCUUGGUUACAGCCCAAUCCUUAAGCAUAUCCCCAAGGCUAACGCUCCUAUUUUGUGAAUGUGGUUCGUUUUAUUGUCAUUUUAAUCACUGAACAUUGCUUUUAAGAACAGAAAACAACACCAUUUUUUUAGUGUAUCUGAUAAUGCACCUUUAAUUUGAGGGUUUGUUUUUGGGUUUUUUUUAAUAUUUUAAUUCUGAGAUUUUUAUCAUGGCUGCAAAACACUCGGGUAAUGAUUGAAUCAUAGAGGUAUGGAAGUACCAAAGUGUUCAUCACAGUGAACUCUACAUAAUAGCAUUCAUCCUGAUGGCAGGAGUGAGGCUUUCCCAAGGCACAGGCCUUAAGUUGACUUUCUGCUUAUCAGCAAAAUGUACCUGAGAAGAAAGAGAAAAAAAGUGUCUUAUAAGAAAUGGUGGUUGUUAAAGAGAAUAUGCAACAAGUCACUCUGAAGUCUCUUUGGACCUGUUACAGCUGCUGACUGGCCAUGGUUAGUGAAGCAUGACUUAGGUUUGAUAAAUGCUGUUUUCUUUUGAUUUGAGAAAGUCUGGCAGGCAAGGGAUAACAGGACCCAGGAGAAGGUUCUUGGGGGAAAUUCUGUGUCUUUGCCCUCCAUCAGCAUCGGAUAUAAAUGUUAGACACCUGGUGCUUCAGCUGAAUGGCUCAGAAAGGGUUUGAGUUUGUAAGUGGUUUCUGUUGAUAUCUGGUUCCUACAGUUGGUUCAUCAUGUUGAUUUGCAGUUUGUUCACUAAGCUGGGUUGACAACACCUCAUACAGAUUUCAGUGCUGCAAGUCAUGGCUAUCAGGGGGGAGGGCUGCUGAAGAACCUCACUGUGGUGAAAUUCCCAUGAGUAAACACUAGUGAUGGUACCUGAGUGUUUGUUGUGGAAGGAGAGCAGGAACUACUCGGUAACCUAGAAGUUAAAAAAGUACAAACGAGGAGAGCUGUGAGAACACUAUUUCCAGUUGGAGCUGGUUGCAAUUUUUACACUAAAUUACAUGAUAUCAGAAAGACUGUUUUUAGUGAGAAAUUCUCUCUUUUUGCAAUGUUACCCACAACAUUUUUUGUUGUUUUUUUUUUCUCUUGUGAUUAAAAUCAUAUUGAAUUUUUAUCUAAGUAAAUUUCAGAAUUGUUAACAAAUAUUUUCAUUUCUCAAAUCCCCAUGUCUUCUUUCAGUUUUUUUGAGUAGUUCUUGGGUUUCUUCUGCUGGUAAUUUAAAGUUUCUGUGACAGUUUUGAAAACUUCUUUGGAUAAAAAUUUGCUUAAAAAAAAGCACAUCUUCUUGGGAAAUGAUUCAAUAUUGGACCUAGUGAAAUAAAAAAAAGCUUUGAAUCUUCUCACGAGAUAUUUUUUCCCUAUUUUUAACCAGUUUUGCUAAUUUUGAAGUCACUAUUUCCUUUGUUAGAACAAUCCAAAUAAUGUGACUCUUCUCAAAAUAACAGUUUUGUUUCUGUGUGGUUCAUUUUUCUUUCCCAUCUUCAAGCUGUGGAGUGGCUGGCUAUGGGUACUGCCAGUGUCUUUUUCUGUGGCAAUUGCAGUUUUCUUCUUUGUUUUUAUCUUGGGGUUUUUUGUUUGGUUUUUUUUUUCCCUGAAAUUACUGAAGAAUAUAAGCACAUUAUGGCAACUGCCAUGGAGAUCAAGAGAUACUGAUUGAACUUCAUCUCCACAUACCUUUCUGGGCUUGGGAAUGGCAUUUCUCCUUAGACAUUUCUAGAAAUAUUACCUGGCUUCCUCAGCAUUUCAAGUGUGAGUUUGCAACAGUCGAUUGUCCGACUGGCAUUUGGAGCCUGAAACAAAAUAGACUUUACACCUGUGAAAUUAUAACAUUCAUCCAGCAUCUAAAAAUCUAAUAGAAAAAAGAUAACCUUGGUAGGUUUCCUGGUGGACAUUGGGGAACAGCUUUUACUUCAGCCUGAAAAUUUUCUGCUGAGAUCUGAAAAAACUGAGCUCCACACUCUCUGGCAUAUGCACAUGCACAUAAAGUGGUUGUGGGGCUAUAACUGAGUAGAGAUACAGGCUGCAAUAUUGAGUAGUGCUACUUAUACCUCACUGGGCUUUACUCCUGACUACGUGUCCCUGGUCUCUUUGGCUUCAUGGUACAUGUGGAAGCAAGAGAGUUCAUCAUGGGUAGCAAGAGCAUUCAGUUCCAACAUUUUUAUUUUUUUUUAAAUUUUGUUAUUUGUCCACUUUUCUCAGCCUACCAGGAUAUUUUAGAGACUGAGGAAAGAAACAGAAGGCCCAGGUUUUGUAAUUAUCAUUGCAUUACUAGGGGUUAGAGACCCUCCCCGGGAACAUCACACUUGGGGUGUCUCUGCUUUCCUGCCUCUGCCUCCCUUUGUCCACAAGCCACUCUCUUACCCACUUUUUCCAUUUCCUCAACGUGCACUCAUCUUUGCAGUGAAGAUGGUUUGUUACUUGCUUCACCGAGGUAUUGUGAGUCUUAGUUAGUAGUUGGAAAAACUUUUUUGGAUCUUUAAUCAAGUAGUUUUGUGUGUCCUUAGUAUCAGUGGCCUGCCGUAUGGAUAUCAAAGAAAAUUGUUAUAAUUAUUGCUUUUAAAAUUAUUAUGAAAUUGUGCCUUACUUUUUCAGUCAUAUUUAACCAUGUAAUUUAGAACCACAUGAUUGCAGGGAUUUACCAUGAAGAAAUAUGUUUGAAGGAUAGUUUGUUUUUUAAUAUUUUUUUUGUCCAUAAAUGAAUUUAUUAGCUUAUCCUUUUUUAUUUUUUCCUCCAGUUUUAUUCCUUUAACAUGUUUGUGUAAAAGGGCAGCCUGAAUUUGCAUUUGUGAGAGACAGAAGAUUUUAUUUGGUCUUGUAUGUAGAGCUUUCAUUUUCUUUUAUGUUCCUUCAGGAAAAUUCCUCUCUGCCCAAUUACUCAUGCUGAGAUGUCUUUAAAUGCAGGCUGACCAGUAAGGGUUUUUUGUUGUUGUUUAAUUUAGUGUGUGGUUUGCUUUGGGGUUGUGGUUUUUCUUUUAAUUAACCAGAUAUUGAGUGCUGGGGAGCCAUUGCACAUUAAUGCAGAACGUUAAUGCUAAUUUUCAUAGAAAAGACAAAAUUAGAGUCUUUCCCUGUCUCCAGUGUAGUUUUGUUACUGCUCUGUGUACAACACUAAUAUUAAGCCAGACUGUAAAGGCUAAAUACUCAGAGUGACCUACUUCCAUUCACCAGCAAGAAUCCUUUGUCAGCUGACUCCUGUUUGUUUGUUCAUUUUUGAAUGUCGGAUUACAGAACGAGCAUCUCCUAAAGAUGAAAGAAAACAGUGUUUUCAUGUGCAGGAAAUUUGGGGUUGCAGUAACAGAACAUUUUCUUUGUGAAUUUGGAUGUCGUGGUGUUUUAAGCUCCUGCCUGGAGCCUAAAUCAAUUUGGCCUCUCAUCCAGUUCAUCUAACUGGUGCUCCUAAAAGGCUGCAGCCCUGCAAAAGCUCAUGCAGCAUUUUUGGCUGCUUUCCCUUGCUCCCAUUUGGUACAUAUUUGCACAAUUUAACUGAGCUUUUCUUUCUGCUGAAGGUCAGAUGCAAGCGAUACGAAACACUAAACUUUAUAAACAAGCAAAGCCAUUUCAACCACAGCAUUUUGGACUAGAAUGGAUUUUUAGGUGGCGCUCUGUCUGCUGGCCUUUGGAGAGGGGAUCCUGAAACUACAGUGGACUGGAACAGGAUGCAAAGCCACAAGCCUUGUUUUUUUUAAUAAACUACUUACUGUAAUCCAGCUACACAGUUUCAGCCUCACACUUCAGAAGAAGCUUCCAGUAGCUAUGCACGUACAGGCACUUUCUCUCUUACAGAAAGUGAAACUUUCCCAACCAGAGUAAAUUUAACCUAUUGCAUAAGAUGCUGGAAGGUUUUUUUUCCUUGGGAUUCUCACUGUAACCUCUGUGUGUAAAGGAUGAAUAGCUUUCUUUUUCCCUCUUUUUUUUUUUUCUGACAAGAUUAGAUGUUGCAUAUUGAUGAGCUAGCAUUUCAAAGGUCCGUGGGGCUUUGGAACGUAUUAAGAAUCUCUGAAGUUUAAUAUUCACCAUGUUUUAAAUAUUCAGAAGGAAAAAUCUGCAUAAAAUGGCUUUUGAUAAAUACGUUCUAGGGAUUCUUUCUAUCUUACACAGGCGUUGUGGGGAUUGUGGCUGUGCCAGUUUUGUUCCAAAGUAUCUUUUGUUUCGGUGUUUCAGGACCAUUUUGCUCCCAUUUGUGUGCCCAGUGCCUGUACUGAAGUCUGUUAUGGUUUCUACUGGAACUGUACAGCAGGCAGGUGGAUGUGACUAAGAAAAGCCUCAGCUGAGCAUCAGAACUCCCGAGGAUCUGCUUGGUGCCUCCCCUCCUUACAAUGCCUGGGCACAUCCAGCCUGUUUCUGUGCCUGCUUCUCAUGAUGCAGAUUGGGAUCAGUCCAUUGGUCAGGCCUAGCUGAGGUCUUUCUACAGAGGUCCUCCACAGGAGUUGGGAUUUGAGAAUGGAAAGGGCAAGAUCCUGGGUGCAGGACCAAAGCAAGGUAUCAUUUGAUGCAACUCUGAUCUCACAGGGCAGUUUCCCCUUCCUUGCAUGUCUGUUUAGUGAGAGUCUCAGCAGUAAAAAAAGUGCCUUUAGGAGAAAUCCUCCCUCGGGUAUGCUCCACUUCCCAUGCGCUCGAAAAUCUGAUUCAAGCUUUAGAUGAGGAGGAUCAGUUGUGGGCUGCAAAGACACAGCUACUGUACGGUAUCAUUAGUGCAUUGCCUUACCCUUGACGUCCCAUGGUACAUCCCAUGGUGUUGCAGGACAGUUGCUUUGGUCCCACUCACACACAGCCUUGACUUUGUCAUUCCAGUCCCUGUUGAAUCAAUGCCUGGUACUUGUUCUCAGGACUGCUCUGGCUCGGGCCAAGGGCAUCUCGUGCCUCUAUGCAAAAGAUGGUGCUUUCAGGUUUUAACUUACAAAUAAUGCAGCCCUUUCAAACUCACCUUUCCCCUCUCGUGUAUUCUUGACAGAAGUAGGAUUUUAAAUAUUUCAUAGCAUUAUUCUUUCUUCUUCCUUUUUGCCAGAUGCCUUGAAAACAUUGUCAGAUUACGAUCUGGGGGGGAUCAGGAAAGAUCGGUUUCCUUUCCUUCUUGAUUGCAUGGUGUAGGUUUGCAAUGAGGGUUUUGUCCUUUUUUCUUUUUUUUUUUUUUUUUUUUUUUUUUAGUCUUACAGAACAGAUGCCUUCAGUUUAUGCAGAGAAAGAUUGUCUAUGAUUAGAGCUAAUCCAGGAUGGCAGGAUUGGACCCCCACAGUGAAAGCUAGAGAAGUGAUUGCAAAAGUAUUCUGUUUCUCCUUUAUUAAUUGCACAGGAAGUUUCCACCGAAGGCUCAUGUGGCCCAACUGGCCUAUGUAAUAAGUAGCAGGGCCUGUAAUUACAGUCUGUCUUCUGAUACUAUCUGUGCUCUGACUUUCUAGGCACCGCAGUUCUAUUUACAUCUUGGUCUUUGUCACCUUUUAAAUUUUUGAUUGGUCACCAAGAGAAGGAGAGCACGAGCUGUGAGCCCUGUGGAGGUGCAGUGAGUAUAAACGAGGGAAUCCUCCUCCUUCUCAGGUAUCCGUCUGAUUUGGGACAUGGAACAGAGCAUGAGGAGCGGGGGGGAUUUUGCCAGCCAUGCAGCAGUGGAGGCAGGCUGUGUGCCAACUGGGUAUCUUUCAAGAUCUCAGAGUCUUUGUAGGACUGGAAAUUUGAACCUUUUACAGGUCUUAACUAGUGUACUCUCCUGUGAGGGAGUUUAACAGCAUUUCUUUGCUCAAAGCAGUUUCUACAGGAUUUGACCUUUUUUCUCUAUAAGAUUCAAGGUUUUAUCAUUGCAAAGAGAUCCUUCCCCAUAUGACAUCAGGAGGGAGAUGGCUUUUGGCAUCAUGCAGAGAAACUGGGUUAGAAACCCUGGUAUCAAUGUGUAAAGCAAGAGUAACUUGAGUUGGAGGGGGAAUGCAGUGAUUUACAUGUGGUUCAGUACCAAGUUCACCAGCUCUGAGCACCAGUGAGCACAGCCUCAAGCAGAUGAACUUGAUGGGGUGUCAGUCCUGAGAUCUGGAAGUAAGCAGUAAACGGUCUCCUCAUGGAAGUGGAAGUGUUUGAUGCUGGUCACUUUGGCAGUAAUCUCCUGUCUCUUUGGAAACGUGCACUAAAGUUAGGGUAAAGCUACAGAAUGGUGCUCCCCAGUCUUUUUCUUCAAGGCAGACUCCCAGUGCUAGGUUUGAUUAAGAGGAAUGAAAGCCAUUGGGCAAAUACUGUACUCUAUGCAAAAAAAAAAUUAACAAUCCACUAUGGAUACUUUAAGUGUCCAUUAAAGUGUUACACAAAUUGUCUCUUUUCUGCAGCUUGCACUGUUAUUUCAUUAUUUUUAGCCUGACUUCUGUUUAAAAAAAACUCCUCAAUUAUUUUUUAAUUUUUUGUAACUCUGCUUCUAAGAAAGUUGAUGCUUUAAAGGAAAAAAAAAAACUUAGUUUCAAACAUGGGUUUUUCAGGCUUCGAAAUUAAUAAUUUCUACACCUGACCCAGUUCCUGCAGCUGCCAAAAAAGAAAAGAGAAAGCUAUUUAAAUUUCUCAUAGAACCAUUUAUCUCUUAAAAUAUGCCAAGGCAAUUUGAGGUGGGGGUGGAGACUCAGCUAUUUAUCUCAGCAGCUUGAUUUUUCUCUUUAUGUUUCUAACUGUCAGGGGGAAAAAACCGGUAGGAAGCUAUUCUUGGGCUAUUAUUGAUGUAUUGUGUUGCCAUUAUGCAGGAUGUCUGCUUUGCUAUAUACGGAAGGACAUUAAUAAUAGCCAUCUCCCCUGCCCCCACCCUCGGUUCCUCUUUGGGAAGAUAUGGUUUAACUGGAGCAUCUGCUGUGUUCAAAUUGCUGCUCCUUCCUCCCCUUCCCCCAGUUUAUUCCCAAACUAGUUUUAGGAACCAGGGCUAAGGGAAUAAGGAGACAGAUUAUAUUUGCCGUUUUUCUGCCUACUCCUGUGGUUGCUCCAGGCAAAUAAUUUUCAUGCCGUGUACCUGUCUACCCUCUUCCUUCCCAUGUAUUGCCCCUGCUUUCAUGUUAAGUUCAUCAGUGCAAAGGAGAAAUGCUUUCUUGCUGUCUUUUUCUCACAAGGGCUGGCUGACAGAACAGGCUCAGCAACAGACCUCUGAUUUGUUAUUACCCAGCAUUUCAUAUCCAGAAACAUCAGUUUCAUUGUUUCCCAUUAGUAGGAAAACGUAUUCCCGUUCCCAUCCCUCCUGCCCCAGGUUUAAAACAUUUUUUGAGACUUUGAAGGGUCCUUCUGCUUGUUUAAAGACUUGGAUGCUUGUUUUAUUUUUGGAAGCAGAGUGUGUGGUGAACAGGAAUAGUUUAAUGUUUAAAAAACAGCUCCAGUUCAGCAUUCCCCUAGAGUGCGGGAAGUCCUGUCUCCGCAGGUCUGUGCCAGCAGCAUGACAGCCUGGAGAGCAAAGCCAACUUGAAUAGGCAAAAGAACUGGCCUGCCCCAUUUCAUCUGUGAGAAGAGAGAGGUGAAAAUAAUAAAUGUGGCAAAACAUAAAGGGCAGAAUUGCUCUGAUACUUUUUUAAUGGCUGUUCCUACAUCUCCUGCUAAUUCUGUUCCAUAGAAACUUUGCUUAUUCAGCAUUUUUGGUAAUCAGGACCACGUGCUUUUCAAUGGUAUCAUUUUUACUUGUCAUUUGUUGAGUCUUAGUCUUGCCUUGGUCCCCAUGGGCUUUGGAGCCACUUUGGUUUGAGCACUGAAUGAAAAGUUAGGAGCUCUGUCUAGGAAAGCUUACCUAGAAUUUAGAACCAGAAAAUGUGAUCAGAAUUUUUUCCAGUUCUGAUAUAGAGGAGUUUUCAGAAUUGGAAUCCUACAUGGGAGGAAUGCCUUCAGUGGAGGAAGUGCUUAGAUUUCAAAAUGAAAGGGAGAUGACCAUUCAGUGUAGUUUUGUGUUGCUUUUAUAUUCUUCCUUGGUGGUGGCCAAGGAGAAAAAUUACACACUCUGAAGUGUUCCCUAAACUAGAGCCAGAGCCCAGCAUCUCCUCUGCAACACUUGCUACAGCUUUCCACACUGCUGCAGCAUGGGAGUGAGGAAAGCCUGCUAACAGAGCAAGGUCCACCUCAUCCUCUCCAUGGCCAGCACUGCUCCCCGUGGUGAGUCUGCAUCCAGCCUAGGCCUUGAUCCUGCCUUCCUAGUGCAAGUAUUUUGCCAGAAUCAGCUGUUUUCUCUCUGCCAUUAGCUAUGGGACUGUGUGCAAUGAUGAGGAUUUGCAGAGAAGGAGAAGAUCCUGUUCCAAUUAGGCUGCCUUUGUGCUAAUGUUUCAUUCAGGGCUGUAUGAGAUAAGAGCAGUUUGCACUGAAAUGCACAGCCGGAGGUUGUAGUUUGCGUUUCAACUGUGUUGAGGUGGUGCCCAUUGAAAAUACAGAACUGGGGAACUUUUUUUUGCAUCUGCCACUGCUUUACUGACAGCUCUGUGUGGGCUGGAAAGCCAUUUCAGUUUGGCAAAUGGACAUUUUGUGCCUUGUCUCCAGAGUCUGAUCUAGUUCUUUGCUUUAUCCACCUAAAAAGUAGUAUUUCUAAUGUGCCUAAUGCUUAAGUAGCUAAGCAUCUCAGCAGAACAAGCAGCAAGGUGGCGAAUAGGCUACUGACAGAGCUGCCUUUACAAAAAAUGUAUUUCAAUUGCUUCAAUGUGUGCCUUUUCAGAGACCUGCCGUGCUCCUUUAUGGGCAGCAGAGAAAUAGCCCUAGUGCUGAGCAGGGAUGGAAACUAGGAGGAUGAUGGAGAAGAGAAACAAGAGGUUAAUGUUGAGCAUCUGUUCUGUAUUGGGAUAAACAAAGCAAUGGUCUAUCCCAUCAGCAUAUCUUGUCAUCUUGCUUAACACACCCUGUUGUCUCGUAGGCAACUGUUCUGUAGCAGAGGUACUCAGGUAUAUCUCCUCAAAUAUCUCUGUCUUAUCAGAACUCCAGAGUCAUUCAUAUCUGCAGAAUUUAUUCACUUAAUAUUGUCUCUUAUAAGCUCUCCAUCAUUCAUUUUUUAAAUAAUAUUAAAAGAGAAAAUUUCAAGGUGAACCAAAGGCUGGGUGUUUGAUUGGUGCUACUGUAUCAAAAAGGCUGAUAUGCUCUUACUUUCAAUCCUCAAAAUCAUGUUUAGCAAACUCUUCCCUGCUGUGAUCAGAGAGGAAAUGCAAGGUAUAUUGGAAAUUCAAGGUGUAUUGAAAAUGCAGAAAAGGGAAAGAUUUGAUGUUUUGAUGCUCAGUACUGCACCCCUGUGACCUCCUCUGUUGUCCCUCUGGAGAGUGAGAAAUGAGUAUUGGUAGAGGUAUGGGCAGAGCAAAAUAAUGCUUGGACUUUCUCUCAUGGUCUUGCUAGAAAGGAUCUCCCUUAGUGAGAUUUCAACUUCCUUAAGGGUCCUUUACUUUCCUGUGCUACAGCUUGUACUGUCAGAGAGACUGGAGAGCAGCUUCCAGUGCCUUCCCUCCAGUGAGUCAAAUGAGAGACCUGGAGUAAUAAUUCUGUAGUUCUAGUAACGACACUUUCCAGCCCAGAACAAAGAGCAGAGGUUCUUCAUGUGUCAGAGCCCAGUCUCUCACACUGGCUUUACCUGUGGGCUGAUACAAGGGGGUCUGAACCACACACAGGUCAUUCCAGAGGGAUUCUUCUUGGCUAAGUGCCCCAUGGAGACACCCUCAGAGGCUGGGAGAUUGACUUAGCUCUUUCAGACUGCAAGGAGGAAGUGCCCCCAGGAACGUAUUUGUCCUACAUAGCUGCUAUGCUUUGGCCUAUCCCUGCCAGUUGAAGACCUGUCUGCUCGAGGGUUCACCAGCAGUGAUCCUUAUUGGAUGUGCAGUAAUUCACAGUGGGUGGCUAGGCCAGGUUUGAAUGGUGUUUCAGCUUUAUGGUAGUUGUUGGCCUAGCCCUUGAGAUGGAGAAGGUUUUGCAUUGUGGCCUUUGUUGCAAUUGAGAGGGGAGCGUGACUGCAUCAGCAGACAGAGGCUCUCAGUGGUAUGGGAAGCAUCUUCCUUUUAAAUGUGAAUCUCUAGCCUAGGUAUCUGGGCAAGGAGGGGGCACAAGGAAGCAUUCCCUAUAUGAGGAAUGCCUGCUGCUGCACACUCUAUGCCCUCAGAUCCUAAUGAAGUAACAUUACUUGAGAUUUUAGGACUGGUCUCCUGUCUGUCAGAGCUUGGGGGUACCAGAGCUUUACUCCUUGCUGAGCAAAAGCACUACCCAAGUCUGUGAGGGGCCUAAUCCUGCUGCCAUUGGAAUUUUCCUGAAUCCUGUGAGUUGCUGAGUGCACCUCCUGUGAGCUGCUGAGUAGCCUUCCUUGUCAUUGAACCCAUCAGGCCACUUGUCUCCCUCACUGGCUUCUUCUGUAGGGCUUUGAGGGCACUCAGGAAAUGCAAUCAGCACCUUACAGGAUUGAUCUAGGCAAUAAAUGAAGUUUUUUCUCUGGUAACUUGUGUGCAUGAAUUAAAAAUCAUUUAUUCCAAUUUGUUCUGAGGACAGAUGCAGCAUAUACACAUUUUCUAUAUUUAUAAAUAUAUAUAGAUAUAUAUAUUUUGUUCUCGGCUAGUUACCUCUUCUAAACUGCAAUUUUCAGAGCAACCGGCAUAUAUUUUUUAUUCAACACUUAAAAUGACUUUUUACAGUAAGAGAAUGAAAGCUGUUUUAAGCAUGUGUUUUCUGUAUUUUUAUUAUGCAUUAUCCAAUUAUAUUGAGAUGUAUUUUCCUCUUGCUCUGCUCUUUCAGUUGUUAUCCUUUUUAUCAGUUAUGCUUUUCAAAUGUUUUGUAAGGGAAAAUAAAUAUGCAAAAUGGCCAGAUGCCUUUUUUCUUUGCAGAAGAAGUAUCACAAAUGCUUUUUUAUUACAUUUUACCAAUCCAAUAAACUCCUUAUAAAUUUCA